AUGAAAGUCAAGGCUGAUAGAGAUGAAUCUUCUCCAUACGCCGCUAUGUUGGCUGCCCAAGAUGUUGCUCAAAAAUGUAAAGAAGUCGGUAUUACUGCCGUCCACGUUAAAUUGAGAGCUACCGGUGGUACCAAGACCAAGACCCCAGGUCCAGGUGGUCAAUCUGCUUUAAGAGCUUUAGCCAGAUCCGGUUUAAGAAUCGGUAGAAUCGAAGAUGUUACUCCAGUUCCAUCUGAUUCCACCAGAAGAAAGGGUGGUAGACGUGGUAGAAGAUUGUGA